AUGUUUAGAAUAUAUUUUUUUUAUAAAAGUGAUAGCGACAGGGAUAAAGGUGACGGAGACGGGGAUAAAGGUGAUGGGGACAGGGAUAAAGGUGAUGGGGUGAGGGAUAAAGGUGAUAGCGACAGGGAUAAAGGUGAUGGGAAGAGGGAUAAAGGUGAUAGGGAGAGGGAUAAAGGUGAUAGGGAGAGGGAUAAAGGUGAUGGGAAGAGGGAUAAAGGUGAUGGGAAGAGGGAUAAAGGUGAUAGGGAGAGGGAUAAAGGUGAUAGCGACAGGGAUAAAGGUGAUGGGAAGAGGGAUAAAGGUGAUGGGGACAGGGAUAAAGGUGAUAGGGAGAGGAUAAAGGUGAUGGGGACAGGGAUAAAGGUGAUAGGGAGAGGGAUAAAGGUGAUGGGGGAGAGGGAUAAAGGUGAUAGGGACAGGGAUAAAGGUGAUAGGGAGAGGGAUAAAGGUGAUGGGGUGAGGGAUAAAGGUGAUAGGGAGAGGGAUAAAGGUGAUAGCGACAGGGAUAAAGGUGAACGGAAGAGGGAUAAAGGUGAUAGCGACAGGGAUAAAGGUGAUAGGGAGAGGGAUGAAGGUGAUGGGGACAGGGAUAAAGGUGAUAGGGAGUUGGAUAAAGGUGAUGGGAAGAGGGAUAAAGGUGAUGGGAAGAGGGAUAAAGGUGAUAGGGAGAAAGAUAAAGGUGAUGGGGAGAGGGAUAAAGGUGAUAGAGAUAAGGAUCAAGGUGAUGGGGAGAAGGAUAGAGGUGAUGGGAAGAGGGAUAAAGGUAAUAGGAAGAGGGAUAAAGGUGAUGGGGAGUUGGAUAAAGGUGAUGGGGACAGGUAUACAGGUGAUGGGGAGAGGGAUAACGGUUAUGGUGAGUUGGAUAAAGGUGAUGUGGAGAGGGAUAAAGGUGAUGGGAAGAGGGAUAAAGGUGAUAGGGAGAAAGAUAAAGGUGAUGGGGAGAGGGAUAAAGGUGAUAGAGAUAAGGAUCAAGGUGAUAGGAAGAGGGAUAAAGGUGAUGGGGAGUUGGAUAAAGGUGAUGGGGACAGGUAUACAGGUGAUGGGGAGAGGGAUAACGGUUAUGGUGAGUUGGAUAAAGGUGAUGGGAAGAGGGAUAAAGGUGAUAGGAAGAGGGAUAAAGGUGAUAGGAAGAGGGAUAAAGGUGAUAGAGACAGGGAUAAAGGUGAUGGGGAGAGGGAUAAAGGUGAUGGGGACAGCGACAGGGAUAAAGGUGAUGGGAAGAGGGAUAAAGGUGAUAGCGACAGGGAUAAAGGUGAUGGGAAGAGGGAUAAAGGUGAUGGGGAGAGGGAUAAAGGUGAUAGAGAUAAGGAUAAAGGUGAUGGGGAGAGGGAUAAAGGUGAUAGAGAUAAGGAUAAAGGUGAUGGGGAGAAGGAUAAAGGUGAUAGAGAUAAGGAUAAAGGUGAUGGGGAGAAGGAUAAAGGUGAUGGGGACAGGGAUAAAGGUGAUGGGGAGAAGGAUAAAGGUGAUGGGGAGAGGGAUAAAGGUGAUGGGGAGAGGGAUAAAGGUGAUAGAGAUAAGGAUAAAGGUGAUGGGGAGAAGGAUAAAGGUGAUAGAGAUAAGGAUAAAGGUGAUGGGGAGAAGGAUAAAGGUGAUGGGGACAGGGAUAAAGGUGAUGGGGAGAAGGAUAAAGGUGAUGGGGAGAAGGAUAAAGGUGAUAGAGAUAAGGAUAAAGGUGAUGGGGAGAAGGAUAGAGGUGAUGGGGACAGGUAUAAAGGUGAUGGGGAGAAGGAUAAAGGUGAUGGGGAGAAGGAUAAAGGUGAUGGGGAGUUGGAUAAAGGUGAUAGAGAUAAGGAUAAAGGUGAUGGGGAGAGGGAUAGAGGUGAUAGAGAUAAGGAUAAAGGUGACGGGGAGAAGGAUAAAGGUGAUGUGGAGAAAGAUAAAGGUGAUGGGGAGUUGGAUAAAGGUGAUAGAGAUAAGGAUAAAGGUGAUGGGGAGAAGGAUAGAGGUGAUGGGGACAGGGAUAAAGGUGAUGGGGAGAAGGAUAAAGGUGAUGGGGAGAGGGAUAAAGGUGAUGUGGAGAAAGAUAAAGGUGAUGGGGAGUUGGAUAAAGGUGAUAGAGAUAAGGAUAAAGGUGAUGGGGAGAAGGAUAAAGGUGAUAGAGAUAAGGGUAAAGGUGACGGGGAGAAGGAUAAAGGUGAUAGAGAUAAGGGUAAAGGUGACGGGGAGAAGGAUAAAGGUGAUGUGGAGAAGGAUAAAGGUGAUGGGGAGUUGGAUAAAGGUGAUAGAGAUAAAUAUAAAGGUGAUGGGGAGAAGGAUAAAGGAUAA